CGUUUCAAAGAAUAUCUCAACGGCGAACGCGUCAAGUAUAAACGUCUCGUCCGUUUGGGGAGUUGCGCGCGCGGUCAGCGGAGGCUCGCAAAGCCAGGCUAGUGUGUGAACAGCCCUUGAAGGGAGACAAGUUUUUCGAAUUGCUCUCGCGGUACUUUGAUACUUGCAUCAAGUCGAACAAUCUAUCGGAACGGACUUUGGCGGUUAUUGAUGACGUAGAGCGAAUACACGAGGACACAAGACCGCUUAAGAACACAUACCGAGAAACGGCCUAAAUCUACAGUAAACAACAUUUGGUCAACGUGGUCUGACUCCGCAAGCACGUGGACGACGUGAUUCAGUAACGUGAACUUACUUCAUAAAACUCGAACAUGCUGUUUUGACACCACGAUCGUUACAUUAGAUAUCUCAUUGAAUCAAAAUGUGAUUAUGUGGUAAAUAACUGUGUACGCCCUGUCGACAUAAAAGCCUAUAUGGGGAAAAAACGGACGACCAAACUCAACAAAUGUUGUGUCUGUUCUAAAAGUUAUGAUGAAAAGAAUUUGGACGCACAUGCGCAUAGUUACAAUCACCAUAAAGCAAUUCAAAAGAUCAAUGGCAGUAAACUGGUGGCCCAUAGAUGUUGGGCGUGUAAUGUGUCUGUUAUUGGACUAGAGGAGUACAAGGAGCAUAUUGCUAAAGAUGAACACAAACAAAAUCUGUUCAAACUCAAGGGCAAAAGACAAAUAAAGGUCAACCUUCCUGUGGAUUAUGAUACUAUGCUCGAUGCUGAGCUUAAAAACCUUUGCAACAAGGAGAGGCGUCAGCGAUGUUUUGUCUGUCGUCAUAGCUUCCUUGCGCGGGAAUUGGACAUACAUAAGCAUAGUUUUGUCCAUCAUUUGGAGAUUGAGAACUUAAAGGGCAGUGAACAGGUGCAUAAGUGCUGGGCCUGUGAUCUCUCUGUGACGGGUAUGCCUGAGUACAAGAAACAUAUUGGCACUGCAAAUCACAAAACCAAUAUGUCUAUUCUGACAAAGAGGAGAUCAGAUAAUGACAAAAGCGCCGUGGAUUAUAGAGAAGAGUUUGAUUAUGAGCUAAAAGCCCUUUGUGACCAAAGAGACCUACAAAAAAUGAAAAAGAAAGAGUUGCAAUUUUUGAAGUGGAUGAAUGCCAAAGCAGAAAAGCAGAAAGGAAAGCAGAAAGCACCACAAACAAAGUUAAUAAAGAACUUCCAGAUGAAGAACAUGAGUCAAAGUUUCGAGGUACCUGCCAAAGUCGGUGAGGAUUUCACAAGUGACAAGUUGCCAACACAAUGCAAGCUCUUCCAGUCUUUGGAAGACCAACAGAAAAUCUCAACUUCCAAACCUGAACCAACAACGCUUAAAAGGAGACAAGGGAGCAUAUUAGGGAUGGACAAUUUAAAUUGCACGCUUGUGAAAAGGCCUUGUCCUCCAUUAGAGAUUUCUGCUCAUGUCUCUGGAGAGCUUACGUAUGCUCCUGAACAAGGUCAGAGAGAGAUUUCCACUCGGACCAUUGGUAAACCAUUAGACUAUCAAGAUGUUGAUGUUUGUUCAGAAGAAAAUGUAGAAAGUCACAUGGAACGUGUGGUGAGACAGACCUGCAAAUCCUACCUUGAGAAAGAGCUCUUUAUAAAAGGGAGAACAAAAUUGGACAUGAAGCACAAGAAACAAGAACGAUCCACAGAAUAUGUGAGCAGUCUCAGCUCUCAUAAAAGCACUGGGGAGCCGUGCUCACGUGAUGCAUUUUACACUUUGAGAAACAGUCAAGAGGACCAGAUAUACACAAAAACACAGCAGGAGCAAUGCAUGUCCAGAAAACAUAUACAUGGACAAGAGGCAUCUGUCGCCUCCCCGUCAUCUGUAUCUUCACUGGCUGAAAAGAUUGCAAGAUUCCAUAGCCGGACUAAAGCAACCUGCAAUGUCAAUGUAUGCCAGACAUUAGAUGUUGGUGGAAAUGAUUCAUUUAGGACUGAUACUGAUACUUACAGAAAAAAAAAAAACGGAUAUAAUGCAGAAACAUCAGAAGAAAACGGAUAUAAUGCAGAAACAUCACAAGAGGACCUUGACGGUGUCGAAAUCAUUUCUUGCUACAGGAAAGAACAGGACAUUUCAAAUACUACUCAUCAGAAUCCUGAGACAACAUGUAGACAAAGUAAAGUGAAUAAGUUAAUGACGUUGUCUUCAAGAGAAGAGGAGCUCACCAACUCUUUAAGUAAUGUCGGUGACCAGCUGUUCCAGGCAUAUGCGACCCUGCAGACCGCUUACACGGAGGUUCAGAAUCUUCUAACAGCUAAACAACAGGUAACCUCAGAGAUGUCCUCCCUCAGGGCAAAGCGAAUACAACUCCUAAAGGACAUGAUUGAGUGAUGAAGAAUCCCAGCUAAUCCCAAACUUCUUGUUGUGACUGUUUUCAUCAUCUAACCUGAUGAUGCAACAAAUGGUGGGCCGGUCUGAAUUACAAACUGCUGUUUGAUGCAACACGAUCAAAAGUUUUAUGUAGUUUUAAAUAUAAAUACUUUUUGUCAGCAUGUUACUUCAGACUUCGCAGAAGGCUGUAAGACCGGUUUUAACUCUGCAUUUUUUAUUUAGUGUGGUCAGACCAGGAAGUGUAAAAAUUGAAUGAGGCAUUUAGAUGUUAUUUACAUUUGUUAUGGACAUGUUGAUUUCUUGUAGUCAUUAAUUGUUUUGUGCUUUAUGUGCUGCAUUGUACUGUUAUGACACAUGUCAAAUACUAAAAACAGGGCAAAACCAUUUAUUCAGUUGAUUUUAUUUUCAUGUUUGCAAACUAGCAAAAAUAAAUAUACGACUUGAUCUGCUUUGUUUACUGAACAUUUGUAACAUGACCAUAUUUCAUUGACAAUAAAAUGUCACAAAAAUGAGAA